UUUAAUUUGUAUUACUCGUUUACUUCACGUCAUUUAUUUUCUGUCCGUGUUUAUCACGUGGUAUUUUAUUUGAGGUUGAUUUUAAUUCAUUUUGUGGUUAAAUGUUUAAAAUCAAUAAAAAUGAAUUCCAAAAAAGUGGCGCAGAAACCUUCAUUGUCUUAUACAGCUAGUCCGAACUACAGGAAACCUCCAAAAACUGCUAAUCCGUCUCUGCAAUGUCUUGGGGCGCCACACAUAGACUCGUUCAAUUACAUGGUUGAAGAUGGCCUUAAGGCUGCUAUAGCGGAUUUAAUACCGGCUGAAUUUGAAACGGCUAAUGGAGAAAGAGUAAAAAUAGUCAUAGAAGAUGCUGGCUUCUGUAAACCCAGCGUUCCGCUCAAUGUAAUUGGUGUAAAAUCAGGAACAGUUUUUCCAACAGAAUGCAGGCAAAGAGCAGCAACUUACAAAGGCGAAUUUAAGAUAAGAUUGACAUUGAGUAUUGAUGGAAAGAAUAUGACAUUGGAUAAGUCUUUGGGAAGUCUCCCGAUUAUGGUUAAGUCCAAGUUGUGCCAUUUAGCUGACAUGUCACCUGAGGAGCUGAUUAAACACAAUGAACAUCCAGAUGAGUGGGGAGGCUAUUUUAUUGUAAAGGGUCAUGAGCGUCUCGUUCGAAUGUUGCUAGUGACUAGAAGGAACUAUCCAGUUGCUAUCAAACGAUCUUCAUGGAAGAUGAGAGGGGAUUUGUUUACUGACUAUGGUAUACUGACACGUUGUGUUAAGGCUGACCAGACCAGUACAACAAAUGUAUUGCACUAUUUGCAAAAUGGUACAUGCAAGCUGAUGUUUUCACAUCACAAAAUGAUGUAUUAUGCUCCUUUAGUGUUGAUCAUGAAAUGUUUAGUGGACUCGCCAGAUCACUACAUAUACAGAUUACUGCUAAGUGGAAAGAAAGAUGAUUUGUAUUACGACAAUUGCAUUCGAAAUAUGCUCCGAGAACUUCAUGAAGAGGGUCUCGAUACAUCAAGUCAGUGUCGUUCGUAUAUGGGACGGAUGUUCAGACAAAAACUGUAUGAGCUUCCACCCUGGACUACUGAUGAAGAAGUCACUGACUUUCUUCUGGAUCGCUGUAUUUUGAUAAAUCUGUCUAAUCACGAGGAUAAAUUCUAUAGUCUUGUAUUUAUGGCGCAGAAGCUGUAUGAUGUGGUGCAGAAUAAAUGCAAAGUAGAAGGUGCUGAUUCUGUAAUGGUACAAGAGGUGCUGCUAGGUGGUCACUUAUAUCUUCAAGUGUUGAAAGAGCGACUGCAGACCACCAUCAACGUAAUAAAGAUGCAGUUGAUGAAAAAAGAUAACAACGCCAAGAAACUCAACAUUAAUAUGGCCCAAAUACCUCAGCUGAUCCGCAUGGCCGGCAACCUAGAGACUAAAAUGGAGAUGUUCUUGGCGACUGGCAACGCGCCCUCGAACAAUAUCAGUCUCACGCAGUACAAGGGACUCACCAUCGUCGCCGAGAAUAUUAACAGAAUGCGUUACAUGUCACAUUUCAAGUCGAUUCACCGUGGUGCAUUCUUCAUGUCGAUGCGAACUACGGAGGCGCGACAGUUGCUACCCGAUGCAUGGGGAUUCGUGUGCCCGGUGCACACGCCCGACGGCGCACCCUGCGGCCUGCUUAACCACCUCACUAUGACUGCACAGAUAACGCAGCCUCCUGAUCCAAAGCUACUGGUCUCACUGGUAGAGGUGUUGAGAACAUACGGAAUGGAAUCAAGACACACAAUAGCUCAUAAGCCGCUCGAGUUCGACGUUUACAAAUACCCCGUGUUCCUCGAUGGCCGAAUGAUCGGGCACAUAGCUGAGGACAUCGUCGCCGAAUUAACUACGUACCUCCGCACGCUCAAGGUCAAGGGCGAGGAGUUACCCGUCACGACGGAGAUUGUCUUUAUACCCAAGAAAAAAAUUUGUUCACAAUAUCCGGGCGUUUUCCUUUUCACAACCGAGGCUCGAAUAAUGCGGCCCGUCAUCAAUUUGAUCACAGGACAAAUAGAGCUCAUCGGCACAUUGGAACAGGUGUACUUGGACAUUGCAGUUACGCGGGAGGAAUACAUUAAAGGCAUAACAACUCAUCUGGAACUGUCGAAAUCAGCUUUUAUGAGCAAUUUAGCACAGCUGAUUCCUAUGCCUGACUGUAAUCAAUCACCACGUAAUAUGUACCAGUGUCAGAUGGGUAAGCAAACGAUGGGCACACCAAUCCACACGUGGGACACUAUGGGCCCCGGCAAACUAUAUCGCCUGCAGUCGCCAGCGACGCCACUGUUCCGGCCCGCACACUACGAUGACAUGGGACUGGAUGACUAUCCAGCCGGGACGAAUGCAAUCGUCGCCGUAAUAUCUUACUCUGGAUAUGAUAUGGAGGACGCAAUGAUAAUCAACAAAUCAGCAUACGAACGAGGGUUGGGGGCCGGAUCCAUAUACAAAGCGGAUUUUGUAGAGCUAAAAAACGCUAACUCAUACUUCCAGCGAGACCCUAACAAGCCUGAGCUCAGUCAGUAUAUAGACUCCGAUGGUUUGCCAUCGGUCGGUGCCAGGAUAGAGCCGAAUGAUCCGUUUUACUGUUAUUAUGACGGCGAUAAAAAGGAUUUUGUGGUAUCUCGGUACCACGGUAAAGAAGAUGUGUUCGUGGACAACGUGAGACUCUGCGGGGACUUCAACAUGAAGAAACCACCUACAGCUUGCGUCGUGCUCAGAAUACAGCGUAAUCCAACAGUGGGCGAUAAAUUUGCAUCUCGUGCUGGCCAGAAAGGCAUCUGCUCUCAGCGCUGGGCGGCCGAAGAUAUGCCAUUCACGGAGACCGGGCUGAUACCUGAUAUACUGUUCAACCCUCACGGCUUCCCCUCGCGUAUGACAAUCGCCAUGAUGAUCGAGUGCAUGGCUGGCAAGGCGGCCUGUAUACAUGGACAUGUACACGAUGCGACGCCAUUCCGUUUCGACGAGAAGGACACCGCGAUUAAUUACUUCGGGCGGCUACUGGAGCUGGGCGGGUACAACUAUUACGGCACCGAGCGUAUGUACAGCGGCGUCGACGGCCGUGAAAUAGAGGCAGAUAUCUUCUACGGCGUCAUACACUACCAGAGGCUGCGGCACAUGGUCUCGGACAAAUGGCAGGUGCGGACAACGGGCGUAACGGACGCGCUCACACGCCAACCGGUGAAGGGCCGUUGGCGCGGCGGCGGUGUGCGGCUCGGCGAGAUGGAAAGGGACGCGCUGCUGUCACACGGCGCCACCUUCCUGCUGCAGGACCGCCUACUGCAUUGUUCCGAUGAGACUGAGGCAGUUGUGUGUACAAAAUGUGGCACACUACUGGCUCCAAUUGUGGGCAGGAUGGACGGCAGCAUGAACACUUGCAGGCUGUGCCGUGAGGGCGAUCUGGUCACCGUCAAUAUACCCUACAUUUUUAAAUUUUUCGUAACCCAAUUAGCGGCUGUUAAUAUUAAACUUAAGAUUAAUUGUAAUAACAAUUUGGCAAUAAAAAGUUCUUGAUACUAUAAUAGUAUAUCGAGAUGAAAAGUUAGGCCUAUUUUACAAAUACUAUGUCUAUUGUAUAUAAAUUUGAACUUAUGUACGUGAGACGUCUCGUUUUAACGAAUGCGACUAAUAUAAUUUAUACUUUCUGCAUUCACAAAAAUAAAGUUCCUUUUGUUUUCAUAUA